GAGACGUGGACAAACACAACCAAGGGGCAGACCUGGAACACUGGAAGGCCGGGCGGAAGUGUUUGCACCCUCGGCCGCCUUGGUUACCGCGUUUUCCGCCCCCUUCUACGUCAUCGUUCUGAGCCCGCUAUCUGCGGCCCGCUCGGGCAUUGCCCGGGAUCGUGGGCCCCCGGUUGCCGCCCCCUCAGGAGCGACCAUGUUAGUGAUACCCCCCGGACUGAGCGAGGAGGAGGAGGCUCUGCAAAAGAAAUUCAACAAACUCAAGAAAAAGAAAAAGGCACUGCUGGCCCUGAAGAAGCAAAGUAGCAGCAGUACAGCCAGCCAAGGUGGUGUCAAACGCUCUCUGUCCGAGCAGCCGGUGGUGGACACAGCCACAGCAACAGAGCAGGCAAAGCAGCUGGUAAAAUCAGGAGCCAUCAGUGCCAUCAAGGCCGAGACCAAGAACUCAGGCUUCAAACGUUCUCGAACCCUCGAGGGGAAGUUAAAGGACCCUGAGAAGGGGCCAGCCCCCACUUUCCAGCCAUUCCAGAGAAGCAUAUCUGCUGACGACGAUCUGCAAGAGUCAUCCAGACGUCCCCAGAGGAAAUCUCUGUAUGAGAGCUUUGUGUCCUCCAGUGACUGGCUUUGUGAACUGGGGCCAGAUGGGGAAGAGUCUGAGGGCCCAGGGACUGGUGAUGGCCCCCCUCGGAGCUUUGACUGGGGCUAUGAAGAACGUGGUGGUGCCCGCUCCUCAGCCUCCCCUCCCCGGAGUCGUAGCCAGGACCACAGUCGCGAACGGAACCGGGAAAGAGACAGAGAGCGGGAGCGAACUCGAGACAGAGAGCGGGAUCGAGAACGGGACAGGGAUCGAGAGCGGGACAGGGAUCGAGAACGGGACCGAGAGCGGGACCGGGACCGGGACUGCGACCAGGACCGGGACCGGGACCCCGAGCGUGAUAGAAAUCGGGAUAGAGAACGAGAGGGCCCUUUCCGCAGGUCCGACUCGUUCCCUGAACGCCGGACCCCUCGAAAAGGGAAUACUCUCUAUGUGUACGGAGAAGACAUGACACCCACCCUUCUCCGUUGGGCCUUUGCUCCCUUUGGAAACAUCAUUGACCUCUCCAUGGACCCACCCAGAAACUGUGCCUUCGUCACCUAUGAAAAGAUGGAGUCAGCAGAUCAGGCCGUUGCUGAGCUUAAUGGGACUCAGGUGGAGUCCGUACAGCUCAAAGUUAACAUUGCCCGUAAACAGCCCAUGUUGGACGUCGCCACUGGCAAUUCUGUCUGGGGCUCCCUCGCUGUCCAGAACAGCCCUAAGGGUUGCCACCAGGACAAGAGGACCCAGAUUAUCUACAGCGAUGACAUUUACGAGGAGAACCUUGCGGAUGACUUCUAGGGAGUGGAGCUGGAUUCUUUGUGCCUCAUAUGCCCCCAAUGCUGGUCUCAGUAAAACACUGAGGUGGAAGCU